GCCCUGUUCUUCACGACCGUCACUUUAGUGCACACGACAGGCGACACGCACACCUCUUUUUCCUCUCGUUCGGUUUUUAUUUUGAUAUAAUUUCUCGUCUGAAAUUUUCCCUUCUAAAAUCUGUCUGUCUGUCUUCUCUAUCCGCAAGAUUUCCACUCGACGAAAUUUGAGAAAAAGUCAGUAGGCUGUGAUGAAGAUGGAAAAUCGGUGAAAUUCGGUUUUUGCUAGACGCAGAACGCAGGAUUGGUCCAAGUGAGCCAAGUGUUUGACCCCCGCUUUGAGUAGUUGUGCGUGGCGAAGGAAAUCGGAGGAACAAGAACAAACUCCAACAGCAGUAGUCUAUGCUACCCCGAUGGUGUUCAUCUCCAAUGUGUGCUGUGAUUAAUGUGUCUAGACUGUGAAGUUUUUUAAGUUUUCGGUAGAUUUUUGUUCAGUUGUUAACGUUACCAGUAGCCUUAUGUGAUUAGUCUGAAUUCGUUGAGUCGUUGGAGUGCGGAAACCGUGAGGCGGAAAAUCCAUUUUUUCUCAAGGAUUUUCCAAUUUUUAUCGCAUUGAUCCUUGCCAGUGUCAGUGGUUGAUUUAUUGCGUUAGAUAUCGAGAAAAUUCCUGCCGAUCCGGAACAGAACGAGUACGUAAACAUCCGUGGAGGGAAGUGCUGAGCAACAUGGAUAAUAAGUCUUCAAUUAAAGGGCCUUUUCUGACACAGCAACAGGAAGAUUUUCACCCGUUCAUCGAAGCACUGCUGCCUUACGUCAAGUCGUUCAGCUACACGUGGUUCAACCUGCAGGCGGCAAAACGACGAUACCUCAAGAAGCACGAGAAAAAGAUGACCCACAACGAGGAGAACAAGUGCAAGCGAGAUUUCCAGAACGAGAACCCGGAAACCAAGCAAAAGUGGGCCGCCCGUCUGCUGGGGAAACUGCGCAAGGACAUCACCCACGACAGCCGGGAGAAUUUCGUCCACUGCAUCUCGAAGAAGAAAACCUCCAUGUGCAUCCUGUCUAAUCCGGACCAGAAGGGCAAAAUGCGCCGAAUAGACUGCCUUCGGCAGGCGGAUAAGGUUUGGCGUCUGGAUCUGGUGAUGGUGAUCCUGUUUAAGGCGAUUCCCCUGGAAAGCACCGACGGCGAGCGGCUCGAGAAGGCCUGCUUCUGCACCAGUCCCAGCUUGUGCAUCAAUCCGUACCACAUACAAGUAUUAAUUAAGGAGUUGGAUCUCUAUCUGGCCAACUUCAUCCGAUGUUUCAGCGAUGAGGAAAACCAGGGGGAAAAAUCGCACAACAGUUCACGCAAAUUUUCCAAAGGGAGCAGUAAGGCCUUCUCGUAUGACUUCAUCGCACCGACGGGCGUUUUUACUUCGUCCGAGCUGUGGAGCAUCACGCAAGGGUUUCAUUUCAGGAAAUGUUUAUGUUUCUUUGAUUUUGAUAAGUUUCGUUUCAGUAGCUCGAUUUCACCACUUAAUCUGCUGUCAAAUGUAACCGAGGCCAAUCGAUGAUAUGUCCGAGAGGAAUGCUGGUGGUUUCAGUUGGGAAACUAUUGGGAAAUUACUAAACAAAAUCUCUGAUCGUAACAAUAAAAAGUUUGUGACCUGAUUUCUAUAAACACAUUCAUAAUAAAAUA